AUGUGCAUCUAUCAGGACUAUCUGUUGGUGUGCAGCGAAGGUCGUCAUCAGUACGUGCUGGGCAGCCUGGGGCGGCAACAGAAUUCGUCCUGGCCAUCAGCGGUUGUAUCGACGGCGCUCAGUUGGGAUGAUGAGCAUGCUUCCAUACGGAAGGUCCAUGGUUCUAUCCAAGGCAUGAGCCAAUUUUCGCAUCCUCGUUUGAGCAGCGGUGCCCUUAGUAGCAGCAUUGGCGUCCAAGCGGAUGAUAUCGUGUGGAACCUACCACUUGCCCUCACUUACCGUUCGACCAACCCUCAUGGCUGGCCGAGGCGAGUGGUCGCUGGCUAUAGUGUUGUCACAGUCCCCACUACCCCUGGUAUAUUCCUCAUCCGUACAGCGACGUGGACUUGCCCACCUCGACAGGUCGCCACACUCGGACGUGUUUCGUAUACCGUCCUUGCAGCAGCAAUUGGCGGUCGAGGGUCUGCUAUGCUCUUCUCCCAGUACUACGUGUUGCUUCAUCUGGGUUAG